AUGGACCGCCAAAGGAAGCGCGAGCUGCGCACCUUGAACAUCAGGGCUUGGGAUGGGGAGGAUGACGUCCUCCUCGUUUCCAACUCACUCGAUUCAUCCCUGAAAAAAAACACAGCCUUCAUUAAGCGUCUUCGGACCGCUAUCAGCCAUGCUACCCUGUCGACUUUCUUACAAGAGAUUCGCACUCUGAGCCUGCACAAGUACCUCUCCGAGGUCAUAGCCGCCUGUUAUGAAGGUCUUUGCAAGCUCAAGUCCCCAGGGGAAAUCGAAGCAGGCGUUGAAAUCGUGAGCGCUCUCCAUCAGCGUUUUGGACCGGCCGAGUUUACUGAGUAUCUCGCCUGGCUGCUGGGCAAGGGAAUGGCUACUCCCGACAAGACUUCGCUCAAGAGUCUAGCCAUUGAAGUCCGCGAGAAGGAAGAAAAGGAAAGAAUCACCCGUCAGAGGGCUCUCCUGCGAGUCAUCACCGAACUGUGGCUGGUUGGCGUUGUCAGAACCCUGGAUGAUGCCACGAAGCCGGAUGAUGCGAUAAAGGGUGCUGCUGCUGGGAAGGCUGCCGAGCUCAAGACUCGGCCGAGCUCCAAUAAGGCCGGUGGCGCGGAACCCUUUCCCCUAGAAGUACUCAAGGAUCUUCUUGGCUUCGAUCGGGAACACGCCAACUUGCCACUGCUCGUCAUCUUUGUUAAGUCAUUCGGCUGGGAUAUCUUGGGCGUCAAGCCCACUGGGUCAGACGGUCGGAAGACGGUUGAGGAAGACGGUGCCACGAGCAGUCCCGGCGACAUUUUACGAGGUGUCGAUGAUGCCACCGAGUUAAACCAGGCUCCAGAUCAGCAACCUCUCACGCCUCCCGACAUAGCGGAGCGAUUCAGAAAGAUCUUGAAAAAGUAUUUUGACGAUGUGGCCGCGCAUAUUGUAAGGGACCAAAAGUUGAUCCAGUCUCAAGCCCGACGAAACGCUGAGGCCUACGUGAAAUCCGGUGAAGUGUUCGAGGACCGCCAAGCGAAUUACGAGAAGCAGGUCAAAGCGCAGGAACGCCUGGUAUCCAAUGCACAGGUGAUUGCUGAUGCUAUUGGCGCAGAGAUGCCUGACUUGAAAGAGUCGGACGACGCCCUUGCAACCUCCAGUGGCUCGAUAGGCCUAGUCAAGACCAGCGAGUAUUUGCGAACUAUGUCUGAAGGUGCAGGAAUAUGGACAGAUGAGGACGAGCGUCGGUUUUACGAAAAUCUCGUCGACCUCAAAGGCAAAGUCCCGCCGAUACUUCUUGAGGACGGCAAGAAGAAGAAGACUGACGGCGAGGAACAAGUUGGCAAGAAAACGGACGUCGCCUCAGAUUCCCCGGACACCGCAAAGGCCACUGCGGAAGCUGCUGAUGAUCAGUCAAUGGCGAUAGCUAAUAAGAAUAUUGGCGCCCAGGUCGAUGCCUUGCUGGCACGCUUGCCUGAGCUUACAAACAAGGACAUCAUUGAUCAAACUGCAAUCGACUUUUGCUUCCUCAAUUCCAAAGCCUCUCGCAAUCGACUUGUGAAAGCCCUCACGGAAGUUCCCAAGGGGCGAAGCGAUUUACUCCCGUCAUGGUCACGAUUAGUAGCUACGCUUGGCAGAUAUAUGCCUGAUGUACCCAAGGGUCUCGUUGAUUACUUAGAUGCUGAGUUUCGAAGCUUACAGCGGAGAAAAGAAAAGGACUUUUUGGGACAAGUCCGUCUCAGCAACAUUCGAUACCUGGCUGAACUUACCAAAUUUGGUGUCGUACCUGAACAUGUUGUAUUUCAUUGCCUGAAAGUCAGUCUUGACGACUUUUCGCGCAUGAAUAUCGAAAUCUUGUGCAACCUGAUCGAAAACUGUGGUAGAUACCUGCUCAAGAACCCCGAGACCGCACCACGUAUGGCCAGCUUUCUCGAAACUCUACAACGCAAGAAAUCUGUACAGCACAUUGGACAGCCGGAGCGGAUGCUCAUCGACAAUGCUGUUUACUAUGUCGACCCUCCGGAGCGGCCUGCGAUUGAGCAAAAGGAGCGAACCCCGAUGGAACUUUUUAUUGCGAAGUUGGUCUAUAGCGACAUGACUAAACGCAACUACAGCAAAAUUUUGAAGCAAAUCCGGAGGCUCCAUUGGGAAGAAACUGAGGUUGUGUCUAUCCUUGAAAAGGUUUUCUCUAAACCUGGAAAGGUCAAGUAUGGGAAUAUUCACCUGCUUGGCAUUCUGUUGAGCGCCAUCUAUCGUUAUCACCCGGAAUUCGUGGUCAAAGUAAUCGAUAAUGUCAUUGAGUCGGUCAACGUAGGCUUGGAACAAAAUGAUUUUCGAUUCUUCCAACGACGAGUUGCAGAGGUGAAAUAUCUGGGCGAACUUUACAAUUAUAGGAUGCUGGAGCAUCCUGUCAUCUUUGACACCUUGUACAAAAUUCUUACGUUUGGAUAUGGAGGACCACCGGUUCCCGGUCGACUUAAUCCAUUCGAUCUCCCGGAUGACUUCUUCCGUAUUCGCCUCGUCUCUACAAUGUUGGAAACCUGUGGGAUGUUUUUCAAUCGUGGAGCUGCUGGCAAGAAGCUAGACUACUUUCUGUCCUUCUUCCAGUACUAUGUCCAAACAAAAACUUCCCUCCCCAUGGACAUUGAGUUCGUCGUUCAAGACGUCUUUUCGCUUACUAGGCCACAAUGGAAACUCGCCGCCAGUCUAGAAGAAGCAACCAAAGCGCUUCAACUUGCCAUAGUCCAAGAUCAAAAGACUGCUGGUAUUGAAAGGGCUGCCGAAGUAGACGACGCCACCAGUGGAGCGUCAUCUGACGAUGAUAAUGGUGAUGUAGAUGACGUUGAGCAGGACGGCGAAGUGGAUGAAGACAGUGCCUCGGAAGAUGAUGAGGUUGAGGAUGGAGAUGAUGCAUCUGUCAAUGAUAGUGACUUCAGUGAUGAAGCCAUCGUUGUCACCCGGCAAGAGGAGGCUGUCGACCCCGAGGACGAGGCCGAUUUUGAACGAGAAUAUGCAAAGAUGAUGUCCGAAAGUCUUGAGUCUCGGAAAUUCGAACGUAAGCCACUGUUCGAUGUGCCUCUACCCGUGAGACCGAAGAAUCGGGAACCGUCCAUGGGCUCGGCUCUGGAUGCAGAACCAUCUGGACCGAACCAUAAAAUGGCCUUUUCGCUUUUGACGAAGAAGGGAAAUCGACAACAGACUCGCACGGUCGAGCUUCCAUCUGAUUCCCCCUUCGCCAUUGCUAUGAAGACUCAGCAGCAAGCUGAAAAGGAAGAACAACAACGGAUCAAAAAUCUGGUUCUGAACUACGAUCUCCAGCAAAGCGAAGACCAAGAAGGCAAGCAUGGCGAAGCUAGACCCGUCCUGUUUUGCUUCUUUGCGCUGACAUCUUCUGCAGGUAGUGAGAGAGCAACGACCUUCUAUCACAAUCGAAUUGACCGUUCGAGUAAGGAUCGAGGCCAUAGGAUCAGAAAGCUUCAAUUGAGUGACGUCGAUUGGUGA